CAUACCAUAGCUUAAGAAUUUCAUCCUCAUUUUAUUUACCGAGCUACAGUUUGUGUUUUAAAUAAAUACUGAAUGAAGCUCGUGGGAAUUAGUUUUAUUUCUUUCGCCAUAACCAAACACGUCAAUCAGCCGAGCACAUCCUGUACCAAGUCUCCAACUCCACGCUCUUACUGCAAGUUGCGACAAGCGAUAAUUCAUUACCCAACAAGCUGAUCACGUUGUGCUGAUUGUUCCUGUUGCUGCUUCUGAAACACGUGUGUUCAUUUAUCUCUACAUAAAAUUUAUCAAAAAAUCACGUCUUCAUAUUUAAAUAAACAAAGGAUCAAUGCCGUGCUGAUAAUUUUCCAAGAUAAUUUAAAAAAUGGCGACUGGAGAUUCCUUGCAUCAGUUCGUAGAUGUCGGCAACGUCGUCCACGAGGAAAUCGUCUAUGGAGUAGAAUCAGACUUUGAUUACCACGACGGUGUGAUCGGAGCUUGCGAGCAAGUGUGCGUCGAAGAACAAGAGCCUCUUCAAACACCAGCUGAUUCAAAUUUACCAGCAUACAUUUUACCAGAAUAUACUGACGAUAAUUAUUUAAAUAUUCAAGGCACCGAAGAAGUUAUCACCAGUGAUAACUGGUACAGCGAAGUUGAUGAUGUGUCUAAAAUACAAGUCCAUUCAUCCCAAGAUAAUUUACUGGAGUACGACGCUGAUGAGGUACCGGUUGAACAAGACGACAGUCCAAUUAAUACUCCGUACCCGUGCAAUAUCUGCGGGCGCAGAUUUCGCGCAAAAGUAAAUCUUAUGAAUCACGUUAUUUCUCAUGAAAAUGAUCGUCCGCACUGUUGUAAUCUUUGCGGCGCGCGUUAUCUUAACAAAUUUGACUUAAACAAUCAUCUAAAAAGUCACGCAUGCUCGCCGCCUCAUUUGAAUGAAGAUUUAAAUAACAAUCCGGGUUUAUUUUUUAACGAAACUAAAACUUCGCAUCCACGUAAAAAAACCACCCGAAAUACUCAAUAUCAAUGUUCUGAUUGCCAUCAUAUAUUUCGUGAUAAAAUUUCAGUAGACAAACAUUUAUGUGCCAAUAAAAAUUCAUUGAGUAAAAAUAACAGUUCAAAUGACAGUGAAUUUAAUUGUACGAUAUGUGGAAAAAAUUUCAAAAGUAAAACGCGACUUAAACGUCACAUGCUGUCACAUCGUAAUAAAAUAACUUGUAAUGAAUGCGGGGAUAAAUUUACAAAUGAGCGGGAUCUUUUUAAUCAUUCAAAUUUACAUAAAAGAAAAUUAGGUGACAAAGUAUUUAAAUGUAACGAAUGUGGUAAAGUAUUUAGUAGUCGUAGUUCUCAGCAGAUUCACGUACGUGUACAUACUGGAGAAAAACCGUACGCUUGUAGAUUUUGUGCGAGCGCAUUUGCUGAUGGAGGGACUUUGAGAAAACAUGAGAGAAUUCAUACGGGAGAGAAACCUUAUGUGUGUGUUGUCUGCACGCGGGCUUUUAAUCAACGGGUCGUACUUAGAGAGCACGUGAAGUCACAUCAUAUUGGACCGGAUCCAAAAUAUGAAGGCACUGCGACACCUUAUUGCUGUAAAAUUUGCAAUGUUUUGUUCAGUACUUCGGAAGAUAUUUACAAUGACAUCGUUGAUCAUUGCGAUGAAAACACUGCGAGAGGAAGAGCGCCGCAGAUGAGACCGAGGAAAUAUAAGAGGAGGAGUAAAUUAAAAUCUCAUGGGUCUGCUAUUGGUAUUGACUCUGAUGAUGAGAAUUUUAAUGCGAUGGAAAUUGAAAAGGACUUUAAUGUAAUUAAGAAAAAACGCGGGAGAAAAAGCAAGCAGGAGCUGCUGGAAAUAGAAGAAUUUAAAAGGAGAACGGAAAUAUUUUUCAAGCAGGAGAAUGAUGAAGGAGAAGAUGAAAAAGUUAAAACUGAAGUUGGGCAGAGUGAACAUAAGCAGAGAAUAUUUUCUGGGGGUGAAAUAAAUCGGCCGAGAACUAAAAAUGUUAGUCGUCCUGUUGAUGAUAAUUUUAAAUUUGUACCUGCGACUUUUCCGAGUCACAAGCAGUCGUUUGAUGAAAUUUCCGCGGCAGUCGAAUCGAUUAAAAUGAAAAUUGAGUCGAUUGAUAGUUCUAGUAAAGGAAGUGGGGGUAAUUUUUAUGAAAGGAGGAGGAGAAGAGUAAAGCAGGAAUUACAUGAUGAAUAAAUAUAUGAAAAAUUUUAAUGAUAAAUUACGUUACGUUGAUGUUAUAGACCGGAAAUGACAAUAAUAGCAUUGAAAGUUUUUAUUAUUUUUAAUUUGUCGAGAUAAUUCAGAUGAAUUGAUAGUUUUUGCGAGUAAAUUUUUGUGUUGAUAAAAUGUCAGGACCAAAGUUUAAUUUAAAAAAAGUUUUGCUGGAAAUUGAAUGGAAAAAUAGAGAUUUGUAAUGGGAUAAAAAUUUUAUCAGCUUAUAAAUAUUUUAAAACCUCAUUAAUGAUAAUAGUAAAUUUAUAUACUAUUAAUUUUCAAAAUUU